ACGUCAAGAGUCAGAGUUGACCCGGCUCAACGACUGCUGACAGUCCAGGGCUUAGUCAGCGGGGCCCGGAGUGGCUUCCCCUGGCUGGCACCUGGACUUAGGGUAUUCCCCUUCACAUUAAAGCAAAAUCUUGGAACCGACUGGACAGAACUGCCAAGUAGUUUUUACGCUUAGACUCAGCCCUGCAAAGCGGUCGGACCACUCCGCCUCCCCCCGCUCGUGGCGUGGGUACUGCGGCGGGUUCCGCCCAUCGCCCUUCGCAGUGAUGGCAGCGAACCACCAGCUGCGUUAGCUGAGCCGGGGCACAGGGAGAGGGUCGACUUGCUACUACUCUCCAUCGCCACCUCCUUUGGAAACCAAGAGAAAAUGGUAGGAGGUCCAAAGACAUAAACGCACAGGACCUCAACUAAGCCAAUGAAACGCUGUGCGUGCUGAGCCUGCAGUUCCCAACGUUCCAGGGAAGAUGGGAGGACAGGGCGACAAAGGGCACGCUAGGCAUGCCCGGUAGUAAGCGCCUGCCACUGGAGCCGCCCCGGCGGAAGAGCCGAGGACUGAAAACCACCCUGCGGCACGCGAGUGCCCGCCGCCUUCAGAACCGCGCGCCCAACCCGUCCGCCACGUGACCAGCCCUUUUUAAAAAAAACUUUGCCUCUUAAAAAAAAAAAGACUCCACUUCCCAGAAGCCACUUGUUACUGACGCAGCCGCAGUCUUGCGCAGGCGCCGCUGGGCCAAACGGACACGUCCGUCACGUGGGUAGGAGCCGGCCAAUCCGGUUUGAAUCUCAAUUUUUCCUCUCACCCCCCCCCUUCAGGAGCGGUUGUGCGAUCAGAUCGAUCUAAGAUGGCGACUGUGGAACCGGAAACCACCCCUACUUCUAAUCCCCCGCCCGCAGAAGAGGAGAAAACAGAAUCUAAUCAGGAGGUUGCUAACCCAGAACUCUACAUUAAACAUCCUCUACAGAACAGAUGGGCACUCUGGUUUUUUAAAAAUGAUAAAAGCAAAACUUGGCAAGCCAACCUCCGACUGAUCUCCAAGUUUGAUACUGUUGAAGACUUUUGGGCUCUGUACAACCAUAUCCAGCUGUCUAGUAAUUUAAUGCCUGGCUGUGACUACUCACUUUUUAAGGAUGGCAUUGAGCCUAUGUGGGAAGACGAGAAAAACAAACGGGGAGGACGAUGGCUAAUUACAUUGAACAAACAGCAGAGACGAAGUGACCUCGAUCGCUUUUGGCUAGAGACACUGCUGUGCCUUAUUGGAGAAUCUUUUGAUGACUACAGUGAUGAUGUGUGUGGAGCUGUUGUUAAUGUUAGAGCUAAAGGUGAUAAGAUAGCAAUAUGGACUACUGAAUGUGAAAACAGAGAAGCUGUUACACAUAUAGGGAGGGUAUACAAGGAAAGGUUAGGACUUCCUCCAAAGAUAGUGAUUGGUUAUCAGUCCCAUGCAGACACAGCUACUAAGAGCGGCUCCACCACUAAAAAUAGGUUUGUUGUUUAAGAAGACACCUUUUGAGUAUUCUCAUAGGAGACUGCGUCAAGCAAUCGAGAUUUGGGAGCUGAACCAAAGCCUCUUCAAAAGCAGAGUGGACUGCAUUUAAAUUUGAUUUCCAUCUAAAUGUUGCUAAGAUAUAAGAGAAGUCUCAUUCACCUUUGUCUUGUACUUCUGUGUUCAUUUUUUUUUUUUUUGAAUUUUUGGUAGUGUCCACUAUCCCAAUCAAAGAAUUACAUACAAUAUACAUCAUCCCCACAAUCUGUGUGUGUUCCUGGCCCACUCUGUAAUAGUUCAGUACAAUUCUACAAACACAGUUUACCCAUCCACAAUAUUCAAAAAAGAACUUGCAUUUCUAUACCUUACAGAAAAAAAAAUUGUUUAUGUUCCGUUGUAUGCAGGAGCAUAUUUUGCUGGUUUGAAAGAGUAUGAUGCAUACAGUUUCUAGCAAUUUUCCUUGUUUCUUUUUACAGCAUCAUCUUUGCUGUACUUUUGCUGAUGGCUGCUAGAUUUUAAUUUAUUUGUUUCCCUAUUUGAUAACAUUAGUGAUUCUGAUUUCAGUUUUUCAUUUGUUUUGCUUUUCUUUUUUCCUCAUGUAACAUUGGUGAAGGAUCCAGGAAUAUGACACAAAGGUGGAAUAAACAUUAAUUUUGUGCAUUC